CUGUCACCAAGGCACUGUCACCCGCGGGGACACGGCCCGGAGCACAGGGGACAGCAUCGCGGCAGGUGGCACAGGGGACACAUCCGCAGGCCCAGCCAUGUCCUACGCGCCCAGAGAUGCCCUCAGGAGGACACCGUGGGGACGCCGCCCAGGGACCAUGGCAGCGAGUGGGGACAGCGAGGGUGUCACCGACCCCGACAUGGUGGCCUUGUUCAACGAGUUCCUGGGGACAGAGGGCUCGGCGACCUUCGGUGCCCCGCCGGUGCCCCUGCCGGGGGCGCGGCCGUACCAGUACGUGCUGCGGGACACGGAGCAGCAGGGGCUGUGCCUGCGACACGGACAGCUCGUGGCCACCAGCCUGCAGGGGGCCAACGCCGGCAUGGAAGAGCCCAUCACCGUUGUCCCCAACCGGCACCUGGAGCGCCGGCGCAGUCCCCUCAUCGUGGGGAUCCGCGGUGGCACCAAGGCACUGUCGUGUGGCACCGGGCCCGAGCCGCGGCUGCACCUGCAGGACGUGGGGCUGCUGGAGCUGUUCUCAGGUGACAAGGACACGGCCACGCCCUUCACCUUCUACAAGACCUUCGGGGGCUCCACUCACACCUUCGAGGCCGCCGCCUUCCCCGGGCUGUUCCUCUGCACGGCCCCGGAGCGAGAGCUGGGGCUGGCACCGGGACACGGGGCCACCGCCUUCUACCUGCACCGGAAAUGAGUGACACGGGGACACCGGCAUGGGGACAUCACCUGGGGACAGACACGGAGCCACCGCCUUCUACCUGCACCGGAAAUGAGUGACACGGGGACAUGGGGACACCGGCAUGGGGACAUCGGCUUGGGGACAUCAUCUGGGGACAUGGACAUGGGGACAUCACCUGGGGACAGUCACAGAGCCACCGCCUUCUACCUGCAGCGGAAAUGACAGUGACACCGGCAUGGGGACAUCGACAUGGGGACAUCACCUGGGGACAUCACCAGGGAACAUCCCCAGUGCCACCGCUUUCCACCUGCGCCAGAAGUGACAGUGACACGGGGACAUAGGCAUGGGGACAUCACUAGGGGACAUCGGCAUGGGGACACUGGCAUGGGGACAUCACCUGGGGACAUCCACAGAGCCACCGCCUUCUACCUGCGGCAGAAGUGACAGUGACACCGGCAUGGGGAUACUCCCGGUGGGGACAUUCCCUGGUGCCACCUGCGCUGCAAGUGACAACAAAGGGACAUCCGGGCGGGGGGGGCGACAACCAUGAAGGGACAUCGAG